UCUUGGCCACCACUGCUCUGGACGACUCUGUUUUUUUAGUAGUACUCUGUUCUUCCCCUUCGCUUGGCUCACUACCUACCGAACCCACCGCCGAUUGAGGAGAUGCGACCGCCGGCGCGAACCCAAGCCGAUGCCUCCAACUCCAAGCCUGUCGUGCUCCUGGCCGACCCCAUCAUCCCGGAGUAUGAGCUGGAGCUCUCAGCUCGCUACAGUCUCCUUCCUCUCGCUGAUGUUGACGCGGACACAGCCGCCUCGGUGCGGGCGCUCCUUACAGUCGAGCUCCCGGCGGUGACCGCGGAGCUGAUGGGCGCGCUCCCAAAGCUGGAGCUCGUACUCGCCUCGUCCGUCGGCGUUGACCACGUCGAUCUCGCCGCCUGCCGCCGCCGCGGGAUUGCCGUGACCAACGCAGGGGGCGCGUUCUCUGACGACGCGGCCGACUACACCGUCGGGCUUGUUAUAGCCGCUCUCCGCCGCGUCGCCGCUGCAGACCUGUACGUCCGACGCGGCGGCUGGCUGGCCGGCGGGGACUAUCCCCUCGCCUCCAAGGUGAGCGGCAAGCGGGUGGGGAUCGUGGGGCUGGGCAACAUCGGCUCCCGCAUCGCGCGGCGGCUCGCCGCCUUCGGCUGCGCCGUGUCUUACAACUCGAGGUCGCCCAAGCCGUCGUCUCCAUACUCGUUCGUCCCCACCGUGCGCGAGCUCGCCGCCGGCAGCGACGUGCUGGUGCUCUCCUGCGCGCUGACGGAGGAGACGAAGCACGUGGUGAACCGGGAGGUGAUGGAGGCGCUGGGGAAGGACGGCGUGCUGGUGAACGUCGGCCGCGGCGGCCUCGUGGACGAGCCGGAGCUGGUCAGGUGCCUGCAGCAGGGUGUCAUCGGCGGCGCCGGCCUGGACGUGUUCGAGAACGAGCCGGACGUGCCGCCGGAGCUCUUCUCCAUGGACAACGUCGUGCUUUCGGCGCACAGGGCCGUGGCCACGCCGGAGUCCAUCCGCGGCACGAUCGAGCUCGUCGCGGCCAACCUCGACGCCUUCUUUGCAGGGAAGCCAUUGCUCAGCCCCGUGGAGCUCUGAAACAAGGACACCAUCUGUCUGCGGUUCGAUGUCCUCUGAAUAAAUUUGCAGAAUUCGGUCAUGUAUAUGUAGUUCAGUGUAACCCAGUCUCUUGAGUGAAUAAAAUCUAUGAGCAAUCGGUCAGUAA